GCAGUUUUGGGAUUUGUUGGUACCUCUUCUGGGUGAUGGUGUCAUAUGAGAGCCCGGCAGCCCACCCCACCAUCUCGCCCGAGGAGAGGAAGUACAUAGAGGAGAGCAUCGGGGAGUCAGCGGGACUCGUUAAUCCUCUGCAGAAGUUCAAGACUCCUUGGAGAAAAUUCUUCACCUCAAUGCCAGUGUACGCCAUUAUUGUUGCUAAUUUCUGCCGCAGCUGGACUUUCUAUUUGCUCCUCAUCAGUCAACCAGCAUAUUUUGAGGAAGUCUUUGGGUUUGAGAUCAGUAAGGUGGGCAUGCUGUCGGCACUCCCCCAUCUGGUGAUGACCAUCAUCGUGCCCCUCGGGGGCCAGCUGGCUGACUACCUGCGCUCGAAACAGAUCAUGACCACCACCAACGUUAGGAAGCUCAUGAACUGUGGAG